AUGAACCGACUCCGUUCCUCGAUCCCCCCAUCCUCCCAAGCAUGGCUUCGGCAAUCCUUCUCCACCACCACCACGACCCUCACCCCUGCAUCCUCCAUCCCAAACCCCUUCUCCCGUCUCCCGCACCCCAAGGCCGAGUUCCAAGUCACGCCCAUGGGGCGCUUCUCCGCCUUACCCAACCUUGCCCCUCGAAGAGGUCGCAGUGUCGUCCAGAGGGUAGGCAGUACAUUCGGUGGGACGCAUCGCUUGGAAUGGCUCGAUCGACCCAGGACUGUGCUGGUGGUGUGUAAGAAGGGGGAUCGACAUAGUGCGCGAGCGGCUCAGAGUGUGAUUGCGUAAGUCCCGAAGCACAAACGAAGGGUUUUCUUUCUUCGUGGGGUAUGGCUCAGUCGAUGAUGCUCUCAGACACAUGCGACAACACGACCCACAUCUCAACAUCAUCGUCGAAGAGGAUCUCUACUCGCAUCUCGGAGAAACGCACUCUUCCAUUGUUCUUGCUCGUCCGGGUGAGCGUCCCUCUCUUCAGCAUUCAUUCGCCGAGAAGCAGCGCCGACUUUUCCAUCCCUGGCACAGAGCACACUCGGCACCUCUCCUCGGUCGUCGACUUCAUCGUUGCGCUCGGAGGAGACGGUACAUUACUUCGUGUAUCCUCCCUAUUCGACGAUGGUUCCGUCCCUCCCGUCAUUGGUAUCAAUACAGGCACCCUGGGGUUCAUGAUGCCAGUUCGUAAGCCACGCUCCAGGCGCCUGUUCAAGAGAUCGUUGCGCAAAUCGCGACAAGGUUCGCUCACCCUCGUAUCGCGAUACUGUCCACGGCUAGGACUGGACGCUUUCAAACAAGCUUUGACCGACGUAUUGGAGAAUCGAGCUUCGAUGCUGCUCCGCAUGCGUCUCCAAUGCGAGCUGUACGAUAACGGCCGAUUCGUCGAUUCUGCCCUUUCCGAGAAUGGCGACGAGGGGAGAGCGCACAGUAAGUCAAGUCUGCCGAAGGAACCGCAUGAAGUAUUUUAUCUUAUCUUUAGCCCGUUCACCCUCCACCAGUCCACGCGAUGAACGAAAUCACCCUUCACCGCGGUGCCUCCCCUCACCUCAUCUACGUCGACGCCCAAGUCGACGGAGCCCACCUCACCGAAGUCGUCGCCGACGGUCUUCUCGUCUCGACCCCAACAGGCUCAACGGCCUAUUCCCUUUCCUCGGGAGGUCCGAUCGUUCAUCCUUCGGUGCAAUCUUUGGGUGUUACUGCGAUCGCGCCGAGGAGUUUGAGUUUUAGGACCGUUCUGUUGCCCAGCGAUGUGGCUGUACAACUUAGUGUGAGUUCCUCUCUCCCUCUCAAUCCCCCCACCACGAACAUCCCAACUGAACAUCUCCUCUCGCCCUCCCUAUUCAGCUCUCCAAACGAUCCCGUUCCUUCGCCCUCCUCUCGCUCGACGGACUACAACCCCGAACCCUCGAACCUCACCACUCGCUCCUCAUCAAGAUGUCCCCUUACCCUGUCCCCUGUAUCCAAUCCUCCCCUUUAUCGAGGUUAGCCGAAAAGGGUAAGGAAGAUAACGAUCCCUGGGUCGAGGAUAUGAGGCGCAUGUUGAGGUUCAAUAGUCCUUUCAGGGAGGGGAGAUAG